AUGCCCGGCGAAGUCAUCGAUCGGCCGAAUCCACAGCCAUUACCGUCGCAUUUACCAGAUGAUUUGGAUAAGCUCAGGGUCACAAUUGAUCAUGAGACACUCGAUCAAAAUACCUGCGAUUCUUUGCUGAAGUUUCGCCGGGCGGCUGCUUACAUCGCCGCAGCGAUGAUUUUCUUACAAGAGAAUGUUCUUCUUAAAAGACCCCUCACGUUCGAUGACAUCAAGCCCCGACUCUUAGGUCACUGGGGAACAUGUCCCGGCCUGAUCCUCGUUUACUCCCACCUAAACUACAUCAUCAAAACAAUGAACCUGGAUAUGCUCUAUGUCGUCGGACCAGGACACGGAGCACCAGGUGUUCUAGCCGCACUGUGGCUAGAAGGCUCAUUGGAGAAAUUCUACCCCCAGUAUUCUCGGGACAGCCAGGGCCUGCAUAACCUCAUUUCCACAUUCAGCACCACAGCUGGUCUCCCAAGUCACAUCAACGCUGAGACCCCGGGUGCGAUUCAUGAAGGUGGAGAACUGGGAUAUGCUUUGGCUGUAUCAUUUGGUGCCGUUAUGGAUCAUCCUGAUUUGAUUGUUCCCUGCAUCGUGGGUGAUGGGGAGGCUGAGACUGGUCCAACGGCUACAUCCUGGCAUGCUAUCAAAUACAUUGAUCCGAAAGAGUCCGGUGCCGUCCUUCCAAUCCUCCAUGUUAAUGGGUUCAAGAUUAGUGAGCGCACGAUCUUUGGCUGCAUGGACGACAAGGAGCUUCUGGCUCUGUUCACUGGAUACGGAUAUCAAGUCCGGUUUGUAGAGGAUUUAAACGACAUUGAUACGGAUCUACACAGCUCAAUGGUGUGGGCUGUGAAAGAAAUCCAACGGAUUCAACAAGCGGCUCGCUCCGGCAAACCAAUUGUCAAACCUCGUUGGCCAAUGUUGAUACUGCGAACACCCAAGGGCUGGUCGGGACCCAAAAAGCUUCACGGAAACUUCAUCGAGGGCUCGUUCCAUUCACACCAGGUGCCGCUGCCCAAGGCAAAAUCUGACAAGGAACAACUGGAUAUUCUUCAAAAUUGGCUCUCAGGUUACAAACCGGAGGAACUCUUUACAGAGAAUGGCGACGUUAUCGAUGAGAUCAAAUCCGUGAUACCGACUGACAGUUCUAAGAAACUUGGUCAACGUAUCGAAGCAUAUAACAGCUACAAGGCACCAGAUCUACCUGACUGGAAACACUUCUGCGUGGAGUCGGGCAAGGAAGAAAGUGCAAUGAAGGCUGCUGGUAAACUGAUCAACCAACUCUUCAUUCAAAACCCACAUAGUGCGCGUCUAUUCUCACCAGACGAGCUGGAGAGUAACAAGCUAGAUGCAGUGUUUGAAAACACAGGGCGGAAUUUCCAGUGGGACGAAUUCUCCAAUGCUCGCGGAGGGCGUGUCAUCGAAGUGCUCAGUGAGCAUAUGUGUCAGGGCUUCAUGCAGGGAUAUACCUUAACUGGUCGCAUGGGAAUUUUCCCAUCGUAUGAAAGUUUCUUAGGAAUCAUUCACACAAUGAUGGUGCAGUAUGCUAAAUUCAUGAAAAUGGCCGAAGAAACUAAGUGGCACAGCAAGAAUGCCAGUCUAAACUACAUCGAAACCAGCACCUGGACCCGCCAGGAACACAACGGCUUCUCCCACCAAAACCCAUCAUUCAUUGGAUCAGUCUUGAAAUUGAAACCCACCGCAGCCCGCGUCUACCUACCACCAGAUGCAAACACAUUCCUGUCAACCCUACACCACUGCCUAAAGUCCCGGAAUUACAUCAACCUAAUGGUAGGCUCGAAACAACCAACCCCGGUCUACCUCUCACCCUCCGAAGCAGAGAACCACUGCCGCGCAGGUGCAUCCGUGUGGAACUUCUGCAGCACAGACAACGGACUCGAUCCAGACGUUGUUCUCGUGGGCAUAGGAGUCGAAGUUAUGUUCGAAGUCAUCGCGGCAGCAGCACUUCUCCGCGAACGUGUACCAAAUCUACGUGUCCGCGUGGUCAACGUGACAGAUCUGAUGAUGCUGGACAAUGCAGGCGAACACCCGCACGCAUUAACGACCGAGGCGUUUGAUCACCUUUUCACGGCUGAUAAAUGUAUUCAUUUUAAUUAUCAUGGAUACCAAACUGAGUUGCAGGGGUUGCUAUUCGGUCGGCCACGUUUGGAGCGUGUUUCCAUUGCCGGGUAUAUGGAGGAAGGAUCCACUACCACGCCGUUUGAUAUGAUGCUUGUCAAUCGGACUUCGAGGUACCAUGUGGCUCAGGCUGCUAUUCAGGGAGCUUCGAGGUUUAACCAAGAGAUUCAGAUUCGGCAUCAUGAGUUGGUGUCUGAGUUGAGUCACAAUAUUGUUGAGUCGAGGAAGUAUAUCAUUGAGAACCAUAAAGAUCCUGCUGGUUUAUACGAGCUCCCGAAAUUCACUUAG